AUGAGUUUCGGUUGCCACAGACACCCUUCGGCGAUGGAGUCACCCCGCCUUUUCCCGCUGGCGGUGCACGACGGCAUCACCGAAGAGAUUAGCAUGAUGCCGCUUUCACUGGCCGAUCGAGGUCACACUGUUGGCUCCGUAUUUUCACCAUGGCACUGCGGAAUCCCACGCAGCGUGACAGCGGACGCUGAUGCCGUCGUGACUCGAUCCCUCCCGCAGGACCGCGUCAAUGCUUGGCACGUGGGCUUCCUCACUGCAGUGAAGCGAAGGAAUCGGAGGGAAGCCCAGGAGGAAAGGAGGGCGCGCACACCGCAUGACAGGCGCCUGUCGGUGUGGCGAGGACUCUAUUCCUGGCACGACCCGGACAUCGUGCCCCGAGUGGCGGCACUGCGCACAGGCGCGAUGCGACACCUGCCCACUCUUUGA